CUCAACAUCAUGUUUUUGGUGGGGUCGAACAGCGAUAUCGUGACAAACCACCCUAUCAGGCAGCACGUACCGUACAAGAUGCCACGGCUGCCAGACAGAGCUUCAGCAGAGGAAGCCCGCGCUACUGCAGGCUUCUCAGAAAUGGAAUGGAGAAGUUUUAUUGACAUCACAAAAGACAUAGCGCGCGAAAUGCGGGAAACAACACCGGAUAUACGAUGGCGUCGUGUACCAUUCAACGAGAAAUGUUCGGUCAUGGAACGCGUAAACUCCCUACUGAGUAAAGAGGGCAUCCCUGCCGUGGAGAUAGACCUUGUCGGGUGGCGCAUGAGCAGGGCUAUUGGAAAUCUGAAGCACUCGGAAGGCCGGGCCGCUAAGGUUACCACCCCCUUACCAGCCACCCGCAGUGCAGCCCCGGCUAGUUUUGUCGCUGAGCCCACAUCAAGUGCUGCGAGCGAGGACUGUACUAGCCGCCCUUUUGAUCCAAUUCGCGAUCUUUAGACUUAAGUCUUCCAACUUUGAUGGCAAGUGGAGGAAGCGCUAUUCAUAGAAGUUGCAAUGCGCUUGGUAUGUGAAAGAAACGAUGAGUUGCCUACCCUGCUAGCUCCUUAGCUUAUUUGUAUCCCAUGCGUAUGCUGGAGGUGUAGGGUGAAAUCCCGCAUGCCCAUGUCCUGCCCCUUGCAUGUCUGGUGGGGACACUGCACUGAGCCCGCUGUCUAUCAUGAUAGGUCCGUACGUAAUGCUCGGC